AUGGGCACAAUUCAAUCAAAAAUUAAUAGUAAAACCAAUCGAAAUACUAAUAAUAAAACUUUUACGAAUAAUAAUUAUAGAGAAUUAUUUUUUGACAAAAAUAAUUUGGGCACGGUUGAUGAAAUCAUACAUUUGGGUCAUUGUGUACUUAGAGAAGUGUGGGGUGGAAAUUUCUCUUCUCCGAUAAAGCCGUUAUUAACGAGUGGUGCCAAAGUGUUGGACGUGGGAUGUGGUUCUGGAACGUGGAUAUGUGAGAUGUCGUCGGAUUAUCCAACCUCUCGCUACAUAGGAAUAGACACUCUUCCUUUAUUCCCGACAACGAAACCAUUUAAUGUUCAAUUUAUACAUCACGAUUUCCUUAGUGGCCUUCCUUUCCCUGAUGCGACGUUUGAUUUUAUACAUAUUCGUUUCAUGAUAUUUGACCUAAGUCAAACACAAUGGGAACAAUUUAUGUAUUCUGAAUUAGUGAGAGUUUGCAAAGUUGGUGGAUGGAUUGAAAUAUCUGAUCCAGAAUUAAAUCUCCGUCAUGAAGGUCCUAUUACCGAACGCAUAAAUAACUUAUUCCGAAAGAAAUUGCAAUCACGUGGAGUCAAUCCGGAAAUAACAUCAUUACACGCUCAUCAUCUACCUUCAACUCCGAACAUUUCUUCCGACAUUUAUCAUGAACACCGAGAAAUUACAAUUAGUUCAAGGUUAUCCGAUGAUAAAUUAACUCAAUCAUUUACAACUUUUAUGUUGGAAUCUUAUAGAUUAAUAUUAAAUUCCAUAGGUCAUGAAUUAAAACUAAUCUUAAAUAAUAGUAAUCAUUAG